AUGCCGGGAAGGUCUACUACAGAAGUCAUUCACCUUGUGAGGAGAUUGGUGGCUCAGUAUAGGGAAAGGAAGAAGAACUUGCAUAUGGUAUUCAUAGACCUGGAGAAGGCCUAUGAUAAAGUCCCGAGAGAGGUCCUGUGGAGAUGUAUGGAGGUUAGCGGUGUCCCUGUGGCGUACAUUAGGGUGAAUAAGGACAUGUAUGAUGGAGCAAAGACUCGGCCGAGGGCUGCGGGAGGAGACUCGGAUCAUUUUCCAGUGGAGAUGGGAUUGCAUCAGGGCCCGGCUCUUAGACCAUUUUUGUUUGCCUUAGCGUUAGAGGUGCUGACGCGACACAUACAAGGGGAGGUGCCAUGGUGUAUGGUAUCCGCUGAUGACAUGUCCCGAUUGAUGAGACGCGUAAUGGAGUUAACGCUAGGUUGGAUGUUUUGA